CAGCCAAAUCGUUUGUUGCAUAGUUUAUAAAUACUAGUACAUUAUUAAGUCACUAUUAGUACCUUGGUCGGUACCGUCUACCAACUUCUAUAGAGUCGGAUAAGUGUCAUUCAAAUACAGAUUGAAUACCUUCUGUGUAUUUAUUGGUAAGACGUGACAGUGCGAAGGUAGAAUUGUUUUGGUGCAUCUGUGAGGACUACCUGGGCGAGCGGCUAUACAUCAGUUGGUACUGUCGACACGCACAUCGUUACCAAAAAUAUUCGCGCUUUCUUUACACUUUGGCGAAGGCAGUACUUUUAGUGAUUAAUUCUUUCUUUCUGAAUUGGUGAGAUUUUCUUUUUACAAUGGUUGCGGAUCGUUAUGGUUACGCAACUUUUGAAAACCAGAAUAACUAUAAAAACUUGGAGGAAUAUCCAUUCAUCAAAAAUGUUACAGAUAUACAUGAGAUUCAUUCCUUCGAGGAAGACUUAAAUCUUACACCAAUUCAAAAAUUUUAUGAUGGAGCAAAUGUAUUCAUUACAGGAUCUACAGGAUUUUUAGGAAAAAUUCUCGUUGAAAAACUUCUUAGAUCCUGCCCUACAUUGUCUACUAUGUAUCUUCUAGUCCGUAGUAAAAAAGGAAAAUCGAUGGAAGAAAGAAUUGACGAAAUGUUUGACGACGUCAUUUUCCAAAAAAUGAAAGAGGAGUGUCCAAAAUAUAGGCACAAAGUUGUAGGAGUCGGUGGAGAUUGUACUUUAUCUGGGAUUGGGUUAAGUAUACAAGACAGAAGACUUCUUGUAGAUGAGGUCAACAUUGUAUUUCACGUUGCUGCAACAGUUCGUUUUGACGAGAAAAUCAAAACUGCCGUAGCCAUUAAUAUUCGAGCCCCGAGAGAUUUGCUUAGGUUGAGCAGAGAAAUGCCGAACUUGAAAUGUUUUAUGCACACGUCCACAAUAUUUGGCAAUUGUAUGCAAUCGGUAAUAGAAGAAAAAGUAUAUCCACCCGCAAUUGACAGCCACAAACUAAUACUCAUGACAGAAUGUGCACCUGAAAAAAUCCUAGAAGAAAUUACACCCAAACUUAUAGAGCCAUAUCCAAACACAUACACUUUUACAAAACAAGUAGCGGAAGAUCUGGUUAAAAAAGAGGGAGAAAAUCUGCCUGUUGCCAUAUUUAGACCAGCUAUAGUUGUUUCCACCUAUAAAGAACCAUUUCCAGCAUGGAUAAAUAACAUGUACGGACCAACUGGUGUAUGCGCUGGAUCUGGGGUUGGACUUAUUAGAGCACUGCAUUGUGAUGCAAAAUGUAACGCAAAUCUCGUACCCGUUGACAUGUGCGUCAACUCUUUAAUUGCAGCUGCUUGGGAAACCGCAUUAAGUCAUAAACAAGCCAUCAAGGACGGCCAGCAAUAUGAAAUUCCGGUAUAUAAUUAUGAAUCCUUCAGUUCUCAACCGAUAACAUGGGGCAAAUACAUGCAGUUAACUGAAAAUUAUGGUUUGAUAUAUCCAUCCAUUAAAGCCAUAUGGUAUUAUAGUUUAACUCUUUAUAAGUACUAUCCAAUAUAUUUGUUUGUAACUUUCUUUCUGCAUACGAUACCUGCACUCUUUGCAGAUGUUGGACUAUUCUGUAUAGGAAGGAAACCAAGAAUGGUUGCAGCCUACAAAAAAAUACACAAAUACUCAAAAGUUAUAUCCUACUUUGCAGUUAGAGAGUGGAAAAUAAAGUCCAACAGAGUAGAAAAUCUAGUCAACAGCAUGUCAGAUAGAGAUCAAGAAAUAUUCUUUAGUGACCUGAAAAAAUUAAAUUGGCAAGAAUACUUCGUUUAUUAUGUACGAGGAAUAAGAGUAUUUUUGAUUCAAGACCCUCUUGACACUUUGGCAGCUGCUAAAAGAAAUUGGAAAAGGUUCUACUACGUCCAUCAGUUUGUAAAAAUCCUAUUUCUGUUCGUCAUCUUCCAGUUCCUUUGUUCGCUGGCUCUAAAGUUUCUAAGUUUAUUAUGAGACUACCUCUCUAAAUAAUAAGAAUCUAUUUAUGUAAAAUAUUGUACGGGUUUUUCGUUUACCGUUAGAGAUCUUAACAUAUUUAGCAUUGUGAUAUAAAUAUACAAGGGCUUGUAUUAGCUUACAUUAAGUUCCAAUACUUUUAUUUAAUUUAUGUGCUCAAAAUAUUGGUUUAAGAAAAUAGGAUAGGAUAAAUAAUUUUUGAUAUGUGUAUUAGUUUUUUUUUUAAUAAAAUUGAUCUUGAUAAAAA